AUGGGUGGAAUAAUAGAUAGCAUCAGGGAAUCUGUAAAGUACAUCAGAAGCUCACAAGCCCGAGAGGAACUCUUUGACUUUGUAGUUGAGAAGCUAGGAAUUGAGUGUACCAAGAAGCCCUCAUUAGAUGUUGCAUCUAGGUGGAACUCAAGAUAUUUGAUGAUUGAGUCAGUUUUCCCCUACCAGGAAGCAUUUGUGAAGUUAGGGAAACAAGAUAAGCAAUUUACAUUUGCGCCUUCAGAAAAACAUUGGGCUUUGGCUGAAGAACUCCGGAAGUUACUACAGACCUUCUUUGUAGCAACAAAGGUGGUGUCAGGUACAAAGUAUCCUACAUCAAACAGAUAUUUCCAUGAAAUAUGGAAUGUGAAGGUGUUGUCAGAUAGACAAGCCAAGAAUACGAAUGUCAUCAUUGCAUCAAUGGUAUAUGAAAUGCAGGAAAUUUUUGAUAAGUACCGGAAAGAAUCCUAUUUAGAAAAUUGCAUACCCCUUAUCUUGGAUCCAAGGUACAAUCAUGGGUUUGUUAAGUUUAGACUGGAACACGCUCUUGGAAAGAAGGAUUCAGAACAUCAUAUAGCAAAAGUGGACGAGGUCAUGCAUAAGCUCUUCGAAGAAUAUUCUAUUCAAAUUGGAGAAUCUGCCGUUGAUAGCUCAGAAGAAGAAGAUGGCGUGGAUGCAGUGCCAGAAGCUGAGAAUCCUUUGGUUGAUUGGGAAUCCCAUCACAAUGUGCAAAAGAAACAGGUAGCAUCAAAACUUGAUAGGUACCUGAAUGAAGAUCUAUUUCCCAAAAGGAAAGUGUUUGACAUUUUGGGAUGGUCGAAAAUAAAUGCAUCUAAGUUUCCUAUCCUAUCUUGUAUUGCACGGGACCUGCUAGUUGUCCAAGCGUCUACUGUGGUAUCCGAACCAUCAUUUAGCAUUGGUGGGAGAGUUGUUAGUGAUUAUAGGAGUAGGCUGAAAAGUGGUACAGUCAAGGGCAUAUGA